AUGAAAUUGUUGGUGGUUUUCUUUGCUUUGUUGGCUCUGGCCAUUGCUGCUCCAACUGUUGGCAAAGAUCUUGCUGCUCUACGAGCUCUACCUGCUUUGCUUCAUGAAGAAGUGCAUGAUGAGCUUGGACAGUUUGCCCUCCGGUAUGUGACUGCUGAAGGAAUUGUAGUGUACGAGCGCGGUCGCCUUGUACCCUCAGAAAAUGGUACUGAAUACGUCCUGGUCUUAGAAGGAGAAAUUUCUUAUAUUGGUGACGAUGGAAAGACUUACGUUACUAAGUAUACUGCGGAUCUCGGUGGAAAUAAUGUUGUAGGCAACCAUUUACCCAAAGUGCCUGAGCCGGUUGUAGCU